CACGUUCACUUUCAUCAAGUUUCGCCCUGGUAGUAGCCACCGUAACCGACAAGAGAUCAUCAAAAAGAUGAACAAGUUCGCGACCGUUCUGGUGCUGGCCAGCAUCUGCCUGGCGGGCGUUUCGGCCCAGUGCCCGCGCAUCGUGACCCGCGCCCAGUGGGGAGCCCGUGCCGCCAGCACCGCCCAGCUGCCGAUCCGUCCGGCCCCGUGGGUCGUGAUGCACCAUACGGCCGGUGCGUCCUGCACGACCGAUGCGGCCUGCGCGCAGCAGAUGCGCAACAUCCAGUCCUUCCACAUGGACGGCAACGGCUGGGCUGACAUUGGCUACAACUUCCUGGUCGGUGAGAACGGUGCGGCGUACGAGGGACGCGGCUGGGGACGCCAGGGCGCUCACGCUCCCGGCUACAACGAUCGCUCGGUCGGCAUGGGCGUGAUCGGCACGUUCACCAACGUCAUCCCGAAUGCGGCCGCCCGUACCGCAGCCCGUAACCUGAUCACCUGCGGUGUGUCGCUCGGCCACAUUGCCUCGAACUACUGGCUGAUUGGACAUCGUCAGGCCGUCGCCACCGCCUGCCCGGGCAAUGCGUUCUUCAACGAGAUCCGCACCUGGCCGCGCUUCAACCCGAACGUGUAAGAAAUGGGGCUCUCUAUCUCUCUGCAAGUGAAAGACGCUAACAUCCACUGCUCUAAAUAGAAUAUAAGCAAACUAAACUCCUUGUCGUAUAAACGAAAA